CACAAUGAAAAGAACACACUUUUUUCUUAGUCUUGUUUUGCAAGGGUUUCGAGUUCACAGUUUGUUUCAGCUCUCGACCCUGCGCGACUGCAAAUUUAGGAUUAACACUGAACUACAAAGGCAAGGAAGCCUGUUUAUCCGCUGCUCUGUUGCAGGAGCUAAGACUAAACAGGGCCGUGUACGUCCCUUUAAGGGAUCCAUCCUCUAGGGUCCAAAAAAGGCAUAUUGGGCCCGUAGAACCCCAGGAAAUUUGAGGAAAAAAAAAAAUUCACAGCCGUUUUCUCUGCGAGUAGCUCGAGACUCAAGCUUUGAAGUCUCUGAGCUUGUACAAUGGACGACGGCACCCGAUUCAGAAGCCGAGAAACCGCAGUUGCCCAAUCGGUGACUCCAUCGUCUCCUCCGCCGAGAUCAGAAGUCUUAACCCAAAAGUUUAUGGACAAUCCAAAGGUACCCUUGGCCGUUGCUCUGGUUUUUGUGGAUGCCAUCCUUGCCUUUCUCAUCAUCACAUUUGUCCCGUAUACAAAGAUAGAUUGGGACGCUUACAUGUCACAGGUUACUGGGUUUCUUGGAGGAGAAAGAGAUUACAGGAACCUCAAAGGGGAUACUGGGCCUCUAGUCUACCCGGCUGGAUUUCUAUACAUCUAUUCUGCAUUCCAGUAUCUUACUGGAGGAGCAGUGUAUCCAGCUCAGAUUUUGUUCGCAUUUUUGUAUACUCUUAAUCUGGCAAUCAUUCUCUUAGUGUAUGUGAAGACUGACGUGGUUCCAUGGUGGGCCCUUUGCUUACUUUCUUUGUCAAAAAGAUUGCACUCUAUUUUCAUGCUUCGCCUCUUUAAUGACUGUGUGGCCAUGACACUUCUUCAUGCUGCUUUGCUCUUAAUCAUUCACCAAAGGUGGCAUCUUGGUUUAAUUAUGUUCAGUGGGGCUGUUUCGGUGAAGAUGAAUGUGCUUCUUUAUGCUCCACCCUUAUUGCUGCUGAUGCUAAAGGCUAUGGAUAUAAGCGGGGUGUUAUUGGCAUUAGCUGGUGCAGCAUUGGUUCAGAUAUUGUUGGGACUUCCUUUCCUAGCUUCAUAUCCAGCUGCAUAUAUAUCAAGAGCCUUCAAUCUUAGUCGUGUCUUCAUCCAUUUCUGGUCUGUUAACUUCAAGUUUAUGCCUGAACCAGUCUUCAUAUCCAAAGGAUUUGCAAUCUUUUUGCUGGCCGCUCACCUCAUAUUACUUGCUUUGUUUGCACACUGUAGAUGGUGCAAGCAUGAAGGAGGGCUUCUCAAUUUUCUGCAUUCCAAAUACGUCUCUAUGAGGCUAGGGUUUGCGCUUUUCUUUUCUUCCUCAUUUAAAAAGUUUGGCAAGACCAAUUCAUCAUCCUUGAAGGUUCUUACUAAAGAACAUAUCAUGACAACAAUGUUUGUUGGAAAUUUCAUUGGCAUUGUUUGUGCAAGGUCGUUGCACUAUCAAUUUUAUUCAUGGUAUUUCCAUAGCUUACCUUACCUUCUUUGGAGAACUAAUUAUUCGACAUUGACACGUUUAAUUUUGUUCAUGGGAGUGGAGAUGUGCUGGAAUAUCUAUCCUUCAAAUAGCCUUUCGUCAGGGCUGCUUCUCUGCCUUCACUUAACCAUACUGUGGGGCCUGUGGUCUGCUCAACCGGAUUAUCCCUAUGUACAAGAUACAUCAUCCACACACAAAGGCAAAUGGAAGUUCUAAAGCCUCCUGUUUAUUUUAUUUCUGUGGAGGAUAGGGACAAACUGUUUCUCCCUCUCACCUCCCUUCUAAUGUAUUUUUUUUUCUUGUUUUUUUAAUCUUCAUGUUUCAUUUUGUUUAGGAAUUCUUCUGUGCCAAAUAUGUUAGUCGUCAGGUUCCUGUGACAACUUUUUCGUAUUAAAACCUCUCAUUUGAUAAUUUACACCAAAAAUUGUGGUAAA